AUGUUAUCCUUUCACAAGAUCGUGUAUUGGAAAGAGCCUUACAAGUCAGCUGCCGUGCUGGCGUGCAUCAUAGCGCUCCUCUUGGCUUUUGUGAUUUUUUCAGCCGUUUCCGUUGUGUCCUACGUCGGCCUGACCCUGUUGGCGAUCACCUUUAGUUUCCGAACGUUUAGUAGCGUCGCGGCUACGGUGCAGAAAACCGAACAAACGAACCCGUUCAAGGAAUAUUUGGAGAAAGGCGUAUCACUCGAUCGAAGCAAAGCUCGCGAGAUCGUUGAAGAUAUUGUAAAGUACGCCGAAAAGUUCAUGAACGAGUUGAGACGUCUUUUCUUCAUCGAAAACGUUGCCGACAGUCUCAAAUUUGGUAUUUUCUUGUGGAUCUUGACCUUCAUCGGAACUUGGUUUUCUGGGGCAUUGCUAAUACUGUCAGGUGAAACGCGGAUUUGUAAUCUGAUUGAUCCCACAUUUCGGCCGCCUAACCAACAGCAGUUGCACUGCAGCCCUGCUUUCAAACGGUACACGGUUGAAGCAUGCAAAUAG